AUGGAUUUAAGUAAUGAAUAUCCUCAAGGAAAAGAAUUUAUUUGGUGGCCUUUUACAUCUUGUACAUCAUCAUUAAAUAUUAUUAACAAAUAUAUUGAUCAAAAUGUAGCAAGAACUAUGUUUAAUAUUGUAUGUCAUUCAACUAAAGAUAUAAGUCAAUAUUCAUCUUAUAAAGAAGAAGAAGUUUUAUGUUAUCUUGCUCGACAAUUUAUAGUUAAAUCAUGUUUGCAUGCAAAAAAUCAAUUGUACAUUAUUUAUAUUGAAGAAAUUCAACUUGAAUAG